CUUGCCUUAAUUUGCCUAUAAAUAGGAACCAAAAUCUUGAAUAUUUUUCACACUCAUAUUCAAAGCAAUCGAGGAAUCGAAGUUUAUUAAACAAACAAACCAAAGUAAUCCAAAAAUGUCGGGAAUCAUGCACAAGAUUGGUGAAGCCCUCCACAUGGGAGGAGACAAGAAAGAGGAACAGAAGCACAAGGGAGAGGCUCAUCACGAUGCAGGCCAUGGCCACGGCGGCGCCGAGCACAAGGGAGAUGCCGAUCACGGACACGGCAAGGGUGAGCAGCACAAGGAAGGCAUAGUGGAUAAGAUCAAGGACAAGAUCCAUGGCGAUGGAAGUAAGGAACAUGGUCACGAGGGCGAGAAGAAGAAGAAGAAGAAGGAGAAGAAGAAGCACGAAGAUGGCCACGAAAGCAGCAGCAGCAGUGAUAGUGAUUAGAUCUUCCAUAAUGUCGUCUCAUUGCAUGGGAUGAAUGUGAAGGCUUGCCAAAAUUUUAUCUUUUCAUAUACUUUGACUUUGUGAAAAAGAAAAAAGAAUCUUAUUUUCUGUUUGAUAUUAGUAUUGUGUGAUGUAUUAUAGGAGACUGAAUAAAUUAUGAUGUGAGAAUAAAAGUUUCCAUCCUCUAAA